GGGGCUUGUCCCCACAUGGGGUAUUCUCUUUUUCUCCAGGCCAAGCGCAAACUGGACCUGGAGGGUCCUGAGCUCCACACACCGAAGGGGAAGGGCAGGACUCUGGUACAGAUCCCCAGCCCCAGGACCCCCAAGUCCCCGGGUGAGAAGACACGCUAUGACACCUCGCUGGGGCUGCUCACCAAGAAGUUCACCCUCCUGCUGAGCGAGUCGCCCGAUGGGGUGCUGGACCUCAACCGCGCCGCUGAGCUCCUGGAGGUGCAGAAACGCCGCAUCUACGACAUCACCAACGUCCUGGAGGGCAUCCAGCUCAUCCGCAAGAAGUCCAAGAACCACAUCCAGUGGAUGGGGACGGGGAUCUUUGAGGAUGCGGCGGUGGCAGCCAGGCAGCAGGUGCUGCUUGGGGAGCUGGCUGAACUGGGCAGAGCAGAGAGGGCUCUGGACCAGGUCCUGCAGGAGUGCAGCCUGCAUCUGCGGCAGCUGACGGAUGAUGGAGCCAACCAGAGGCUGGCGUACGUCACCUACCAGGACCUCCGUGCCAUCAGCAGCUUCCAGGAGCAGACAGUGAUUGCUGUGAAAGCCCCCCCGGAGACGCAGCUGGAAGUGCCUGACCUCAGCGAGGACAACCUGCAGCUGCACCUGAAAAGCACCAAUGGUCCCAUUGAGGUCUACCUGUGCCCAGAGGAGAUCCCGGAGGACAGCCCUACCAAGGACCAUGAUGUCCCCUCCAGUCCUGUGCUGCGGGACAGCAGCACCCAACCCUCCCUUCAGAACAGCCCAGAGCCCCCCGUAUCCCUACAGCCGCCCAACAGCCACCGUGCCCCAUCCUUAUCCCCAUCCCCUCCCCUCUCCAGCCCUGCAGAGCCCCACUCUCUGCUGGAGGUGGGCACAGGGCUGCUGGACUCCCCCCAUCACCUCUUGCAGCAGACAGAGGACCAGCUGCCCUGCGCCCCUUCCUACCUGGACUCGGUGCCCUUCAUCCCCUUCUCACCCCCCCUGGAGCAGGAUGAAUACCUCUGGGGACUGGAGGGUGGCGAGGGGAUCAGUGACCUCUUUGAGGCAUAUGACCUGAGUGAGCUGCUGAAGGACUGAGUCUCCUCCGUUCCCCACUGCUCCAUCCCUGUCCCCACAGCUGGGGAAGGGAGCACAGUGCCCUGGAUGGCUUUGCUGGGGGAAUUGGGGGUCUCCACCCCGACUGCUCCAUGGGCUGCUGGCAGACCUUUGGGUGCUUGGGUACCCCAGGCCUUUGGGUAUGGGGUUGGGGGCACCCGCCUAGCAGUAAUGGGGCCCCUGCCAGAAGGAGCUGUGUUGGGGAGUGGGGAGGGGGUCACGUUUUGGGGGCACUCCAGUUGCUCCCCAGUUAGAGUGGUGCUUUGGGGUGGUGGAUGCUUGUUUGGAACCCUGCGGGGCACCUCCAACUGUGUGGGUUGGAGCUGAUGGUCAAGAGGCACUGAGCAGGCACUCCCUCUGCUAUCACUGAAAUAUCAAUAAGGAAUAAUGAGCCGAGAUGAAGGCAGCUUUUCUUCAAGAGGAGGAUGCUCAACUUGGGGAUGGGGGCACUUCGCCUGCAGCCUCUUAAAACAGAGCCAUGGGCAAAUGGGGCGUCCAUGUGCCGUGAUGGUGCUUGGGGGGAUGGACACUGGGGCUUAAUGGGGCAGAGAGGUGGCAGUUGGUACCUGUGGGGGGGAUCGGGAGCAGUGUGGGACAGAUCAGCUUUUCCCAAACUGCAUCACUUUCCCCUCCUCACUGCGGAGGCUUUAGCAUUGCAGAGGUUUUCCCCUGGAUGGCAUCGGGCUGGGAAUGGCCAUGCGGGUUUUCUCCAUCCUGGUGAUGUGGGGUCAGGGUGGCCCCACCAGCACAAAGGAGACAUCCCAGGGAAGUCCUCCCCAUGGAAAAACGUGUGUUAAUUAUUGCACUGUAUUUAUACAGGACCCACCUCUGACACAGCGCUGUUGGGGGUUCAGGAUUCAGUUUUUGAGUGUAUUUAAGUUGUCCUUUUUGGGUUUGCUCUGCUGCAGUUUGGUUGGGAUGCGGUGUGGGUGAGAAAUGUGUGGCAUGUGGUGUUCUCUGCCUGGGAGGGGAUGAAAGAUGAAAUAAAACUUAUGAGUUGUCAGCAAAAUACCGGUUGUUCAUGGUGUGUUGUGGAUGUUCGAUGUCUGCUGGUACCCAGUGAUGUUGGGUGGUACCCAGUGAUGCCUGUUGAUGUCUGGUUGGUAACCUUUUAUGUCCAGUGGUACCCAGUGAUGUCCAAAAAUACUCUGUCUGCUAGCACCCUGUGGUACCCUAUGAUGUUGAGUGGUACCCAGUGAUGUCCAGUGAUACUCAAUGUCUGAUGAUACCCAGAGAUGUCUGGUGAUGUCCAGUGGUACCCAGUGAUGUCUGAUGGUACCCUGUGGUGUCCAGUGAUACUCAACAUCUGGUGAUGCCCAAAGAUGUUGAGUGGUAUCCCGUAAUGCCCAGUGAUACUCAGUGUCUGAUGAUACCCGGUGAUGUUGGGUGGUACCCAGAGAUGUCUGGUGAUGUCCAGUGGUAUCCAAUGGUACCCAGUGAUGUCCGGUGAUAUUCAACAUCUGCUGAUGCCCAAUGAUGUCGAGUGGUACCCAGUGGUGCUCAGUGUCUGAUGAUACCCAGCGAUGCCCAGUGAUGUCGGGUGGUACCCAGUGAUGUCCAGUAAUACUCAGUGUCUGGUGACAUGCACUGACGUCCAGUGAUGAUAUCCAGUGGCACCCAGUGACGCCCGCUGCUA